UCCGAAGAGUCUGUUUCGAGGUCCCUGUCCUCAAGUGCCUUUUCUUUGCUUACUCUACCCUCCAACCCAUCACAGUCACAGACUCACAGACUCACAGACCUCUCACUCUCUCUCUCUCUCUCUCUCCACCGACUCCACCUUUUCCAUUUUCUCAUAAUUCAAUUUCCUCUUUAUUUUAUGUUUCUCAGGUAAAUAUAUUUGGUGGAGGAUGAAAAAAAGAUCAAAAGUUGGUGUUGAAAAUGAUGCGUUUGAUAGGCAAAUAGAUUGGGAGCUGAGGCCUGGUGGAAUGCUUGUCCAAAAGAGAGACAUUGGGGAUGCCUCUUCUGGGCCUAUGAUCAAGAUCAAGGUUUCUCAUGGUUCUUAUUACCAUGAUGUCAUUGUCCAUGCUCAAUCCACAUUUGGUGAUUUGAAAAGAGUUCUUGCCCAUGAGACUGGCUUGGAGCCAAAGGAGCAAAGGUUGUUGUUUACAGGGAAGGAGAAGGAAGAUAAUGAAUGUUUGCACAUGGCAGGUGUAAAAGAUAUGUCUAAGAUUAUAUUACUAGAAGACCCAGCUAGCAAAGAGAAGAAGCUUGAAGAGAUGAAGAAAAAUCAAGGUGUAUUAAAAGCAUAUGAAGAGGUUGCCAAAGUUAGGGCAGAGGUUGACAAGCUCUCUCAAAAGAUUGUUGAUUUCGAGGCAACUCUGCUCAGUGGCACCAAGGUUUCAGAUAAGGAAAUUGGGGUCUUAACAGAGUUGCUCAUGGUGGAGUUGCUUAAAUUGGAUGCAAUUGCGGCUGAUGGAGAAGCAAAAGUACAGAGGCGGGUUGAGGUUCGUCGUGUGCAGAGCUUUGUCGACACACUCGACAAACUAAAGGCAAGAAACUCUAAUCCAUUCAGCAAUAAGAGCAGCAAUGCAGUCUCAGUCACUACAAAAUGGGAGAGGUUUGAGUUGGGGGUUGGAAGCCUAAAUGCCCCAACCCCAUUGCCAUCUUCUACCAAAAUAACUCAGGAUUGGGAAUUGUUUGACUAAGCUUAAUAAGCCAAUUAUACUGGUUUUGUAUAAAUUUCGAAGGAUAUAUAUAUAUAUAUAUAUAUAUAUAUACACACAUAUAAUGUUGUCAUAGGACCCAAACCCAUUUGGUACAAUUUUGCUUGUUGAAAGGGUGUUUUUGGUAGCAACUGAGGGAAGGGUCCUUGAACAAAUUAUAUAUCUGUAAAUAUGGUUUUACCAUAUAUUGCAUACUUCUGAUGCCUCUCUACUA